GCAAAUGUGCUACACUACUGAAAAGAGAGAGGGAACUGAAUAAGUGUGCGACAGCAACCUUUUUACCGGUUUAUUUAUUAGUCUCUCCGGCUGUCACUAAUAGUGUGCUUACCACAGAUAUUGCAACCACCACACACCGGUAUACUUUCUGUCUACCGGAAUAACUACAGCGUGUAUCCAAAUGUCCAACUUCAACUGGAAACCUUUCGUUUUCGGCGGUCUGGCAUCCGUCACUGCAGAAUGCGGUACAUUUCCUAUAGAUUUGACCAAGACGCGGCUGCAAGUUCAAGGCCAAGUGGGCGACAGCAAGUAUAGAGAGAUUCGAUACCGGGGAAUGUUGCACGCCAUCGGCAGAAUAUGCAGAGAGGAGGGAAUAAGUGCACUUUAUUCAGGUCUCGCCCCUGCAAUGUUGCGCCAGGCAUCCUAUGGGACCAUAAAGAUUGGCACAUACCAGAGCUUCAAAAGACUACUGGUGGACAGGCCAGAAGAUGAGACAUUGUUGACCAACGUCCUGUGUGGUGUUCUGUCUGGAGUCAUCUCCUCGUCCAUCGCCAACCCAACGGACGUACUGAAGAUCCGUAUGCAGGCUCAGGGCAGUGUGAUCCAGGGAAGCAUGAUGGGAAACUUCAUCAACAUCUACCAACAGGAAGGAACCAGGGGGCUGUGGAAGGUAGGUGUAUUGACACACACAGUUUCACACGCACACACUUUUAACCCCCCUCACUCUCUCUCGCUCUCACAGGGUGUUUCUCUGACAGCGCAGAGAGCAGCCAUCGUAGUGGGGGUGGAGCUUCCUGCCUAUGACCUCGCAAAGAAACACCUGAUUCUGGAUUGUCACAUGGGUGACAACAUUUACACACACUUCUUGUCCAGUUUUGCGUGUGGUCUGGCGGGGGCUCUGGCCUCUAACCCCAUAGACGUGGUCCGCACACGCAUGAUGAACCAGACAUGCGGAGCUGUCACCUACCAGGGAACACUGGACUGCUUACUUCAGACGUCGCGGUCUGAGGGCUUCAUGGCACUCUACAAAGGCUUUUUCCCCAACUGGCUCCGUCUCGGCCCAUGGAACAUCAUCUUCUUUGUUACCUACGAACAGCUGAAGAAGAUGGAGGUCUGAUGGAGAGAAUGAAAUGUAGCGCUGUGGAGAAGAGGAAAGAACUCGGCCAGAGAGGGGAAAGAAUGGACCAAAAGAGGGGUGGACGUAUCCUGUCUAGCCUCCCACUUCUUGUCUGGGUGGUGUUGACCACGCCCCCUCAGACACAUUUCUCCUUUCUGAUUGGCUGCUUACGUAAUGGAGCUCUGGUUGGUUGGGAAAGAGGAAGUGAAAAGUUGCGGUCAAUUGCACCAUCAGAAAGCAAGGUGACGCGAAGACCAUAAUUUUGAAACUGGCCCUAAAUUAUGUAUUUAUUAUUAUGUUUUGAAUCUGUCGAGCCUCAACUGCUGGUAUCAUAUAAACACACAAGACAUGGACAAAUGUGGGUUGUGAGUUGGGGGUUUGUUACUACGAUGAUAUAUUUCUAUUUAUCCGGACCUUUGCAACCGAGGAAAUUUAUAUGACCGGACCUUCUAAAAUAGUACUUGAGUACCCCUGAUGUACAGGAUCUCAAAUAAUGUUAAAAGCAGUCACUACUUACCUCAGAUUGUAUGGAUUUCAGAUGCCUUGGUGUGCGUUCUCUGGUUGCAAGAGGAACUGCCAAAAGAAGCUGUGGAAAAGACUGCUAACUUUGCCAUUUACUCAAGGACUGGCCACUUUCUGAAACCCUAGAUGUCUGUGCAGCCACUUGAAAGCUUAUAUUUGUUAUGAUGGUUGGUUGUGGGUUUGGAUUUUGUAUGUCAGAGUAUUUUCUAAUUAUAGAACUGGGUUGGUAGGACUUUUAAUGGGGCUAGUUGUAUAACCAGAUUAAGAUCAGAGGUCAGGUGACCACUAACUCUCUCCCACACACACUUAAUCACACACACACACAAUGGCACAUAGGUUAUUAAUGCCAGGUUGAAUUGGCUCAGUGUAUUGACUCACUAAGUCAUGUGGGCACCCUUAGAACAAACUUUCUUCAUUUCAGGGUGACCUGGCACAGUAUGAAUGACCUACACACAGUUAAUGGGGACGGUGUGUAUGGACUAUUCUGGGUUCAUAUUAUUAGUACACUCUGGACCGCCUGAUUGGCACGCCACCCCUUACGUCAUUUCAGGACCCCUAUCUCUGACACACACGCGGAGCCCCAGUUCUUACUCUGCCACAGCAGCAGAGACUCCAUAUUCUAUCCCUGUUCAGGUCGAGGUGUCCAAUCCAACCUAUUUAACCUUUCAUUUACAGGAUAUCUCUUCAACUUCCAGAGACCUGCCUGUGGUCUGACCUGGCCUAUGCAGUAACAGGGAAGUGAAUGUCAAGAGGUGGCUGUUCUAUAUUUAGCCAUUGCACCUGACUACCAAUGCCAUUUUCUGUGUGCUGGUGUUGUUGAUUUGCCAUUUUAUGAUCCCAAGACACAGAACAAAUGUACAUGUCAACUAACUGUUAAUCCUCUAUUACCCUUCAUUUCUUCUACUUUGUUCUUCACCAUUAUCAGUUAGAUCGUUUGAAGGUGAGCUUGCUAGUUUUUUCUUUUUUCUUGAGUUAAGGUUGAACCUCGGAGUGUGUUCAUGUGACAAUAUGGUUAUUGUAUAUUGUUUAUAGCCCCCAAAGCCUUAAUUCCAAUGUGUCACUGUCAUAGCCCCUUAAAUACUUCUCUUAUCCUGAUUUAAAGCAAGACAUAUAUAAACUUC